UUCCCACAGCUGACAUACAGUGAGCAGAGACUCACAGCAGAACGCGCAGCUCGCACGACGCGCUUCCACAGCGCACUUGGAUUUGGGAGUACCUCAAACCACAUCUCCCUUGUGGAUCCCAGUAUAGACCGCAUCUAUUGUCCGUUCGGACAGUCUGAUGGCAUGCGUCUGUAGUAGUGCAUGUGGAUUGUAUUAUUAUUUGUAGUUGCACUCAUCUCUCCAUCCACGGCGUGCCCGAUGCAGUGGGAUGGACGGUGUUAGAGUGGGGCUGAUGAUGGUGGAGGAGAGUGAUGAACAGAGGGACAGCAGCGGCAGCGACAGCGGCGGUGGCGCAGCGAUGGCCGCGCUACACCAGUGCGAACUGAUCCAGAACAUGAUCGACAUCUCCAUCUCCAGUUUACAAGGACUCCGGACCAAAUGCGCAGCGUCCAACGAUCUCACGCAGCAGGAGAUCCGCACUUUAGAGGUCAAGCUCAUGAAGUACAUCUGUAAACAGCUGCAGUGUAAGCAGAAGGUGCCAGACACAGAAAGGCCGCCAGCCCUGAACAGCUACCCACGGCUGGAGGACUGGUUACGCACCAUCAACGUCAGACCUGAGCUCAUAGAGGCAGUGAACGUGAAGCUGUCAUUGGAUGCUCUGCUGCAGAUGCCCGGCACUCAGGUGAAGGAAACCAUGCGACGGCUGGGCUCCAGUUCAGAGGACUGCACCAGGCUAUGUGCUGCCCUCAGCUGUUUAAAGAGUGCCUCUGAGUCAGGGGAGUUUAAAGAGGACAGCGGUUGUUGGUUCUCCGAGCCCAUGAGGCGUGACAGUGGCGGCUUGACUCCAGUGGACCAGAUUCCGUUACUAGGAGGUUCCCUGCGCCCCCACAGCCCUUCCCCUCUGGCUCGGCCCAUGAGCACGCCCUCCACACCCCUCACCACCUGCCCGUACCCCCGCUACAUCCUGUCAUCCGGCGAAGCUCACAUUUACCACGGCUACGCAGAGAGUCUGACCGACCCCAGCCCGUAUUACACCUCCCGUCCCAUCAGACUCCAUGGACACACCUCGACCCCACCCAUAACCCCGCCCUCCCGGAGGAGACACCGCCUCAAGCCUCCCUGCACACCUCCUCCACCGUCCCGCAAAGUUCUGCACCUCCUCCCCAAUAUCACGAUGACCCGCAGCAAGAGCCACGAGAGUCAGCUCGGCCACCGCAUCGAAGAUACACCCACAAACAAGUGUGUGAAGAAAAACAAGCUGUUUCUGAACGUCCAGAUUAAUGGGAACGGUUGUGAGGACUCUCCAUCGCGCUCGCCCACUCUCUCCGCACGGACCCCUGGGGCAGCACCCGCCACGGCCCCGUACACUUUGCCAGGCACUCCCACACUACAGGAGGAGCACAUCGGCCUGAGGAGUGAGUUCAACAGCACAAUAACACCGUUUCAAAAGCAUACUGAGGUCACAGUUCAACCUCUCAGAGUGAAGAGGAAGCUCUCACCUGCGCUCUACACACUCAAAUACUCCUGCUAUCACUCGCAGUUUGGGACACUACCGAAGGCAAUAACAAGGAAGGAUCAACCGCCGGCGCUGAAUCAGCUGGACUCUAGCAGUAAUCCAUCCUCAACCACUUCCUCUACGCCUUCCUCUCCCGCCCCCUUCCAGCAGAGCAACCCUCCAAGUGUAACCCCGCCCCCAAACCCCUCCCCAAAGGGUCACCGUGACAACCGCUUCCACUUUCCAGCUGCCUGUUAUUUUCAGCACCGACAGCAGUUCAUCUUCCCUGACGUGUGCAGUCCCAGCAUCCUUCAUUCAGAUGGACUCCCAGACACUGUUAACGAGAUCGAUCCAUCAGUUGAGGAGAUGCACGCGGAACAAUACGAGGAAGAUGACAGAGAGGAACUAGAGGAAGAAGAAGAAGAGGACAUAGAAGCAGAGGAGGAAGAGGAUGUAGCAGUGGAGGAGGAAGAUGAAGAGGAGGAGCAUAUGGAAGAGCUGAACCAUGGCUCAGAAGGAGAGUGUGAAGGAGACGAGCUGGACGACCUGCCCAGCACGCGAGGAGGAACCCACUGGAAAGGUCCCAUCUCUCGUAAGGCCAGCCAGACCAGCGUCUACCUGCAGGAGUGGGACAUUCCCUUCGAGCAGCUGGAUCUCGGCGAGCUCAUCGGGAAGGGUCGCUGGGGUCGGGUUCAUCACGGCCGCUGGCACGGAGAGGUGGCAAUCCGACUCCUUGAGAUCGACGGAAACAACCAGGACCACCUGAAGCUCUUCAAGAAGGAGGUGAUGAACUACAGACAGACGCGCCACGAGAACGUGGUCCUCUUCAUGGGAGCUUGCAUGGCCCCGCCUCAUCUCGCCAUCAUUACCAGCUUCUGCAAAGGCCGGACGUUGUAUUCUGUCGUGAGGGACACGAAAAACACUCUGGACAUCAAUAAGACUCGGCAGAUCGCGCAGGAGAUUGUCAAGGGAAUGGGUUACCUUCAUGCUAAGGGCAUCGUUCACAAGGACCUUAAAUCGAAAAAUGUCUUUCAUGACACAAACAAAGUAAUCAUCACUGACUUUGGCCUUUUCGGGAUCUCUGGAGUGGUUCAGGAGGGCCGACGUGAAAACGAGCUGAAACUUCCUCACGGGUGGAUCUGUUAUUUGGCUCCAGAAAUCGUGCGUAAAAUGAGCCCGGGAAACAACGAGGACAGACUUCCGUUUUCGAAUGCUGCUGAUGUUUAUGCCUUUGGCACCAUCUGGUACGAGCUGCAGGCGAGAGACUGGCCCAUCACCAGUCAGCCCGUAGAGGCCACCAUCUGGCAGGUGGGCAGUGGAGAGGGCAUCAGGAGGGUCCUGGCAGAGAUAAACUUGGGAAAAGAGGUCACGGAGAUUCUGUCCGCCUGCUGGUCAUAUGACGCUCGUAAUCGGCCCACGUUCACGCAGCUGGCCGACAUGCUGGAGAAACUGCCCAAACUCAACCGCCGCCUGUCUCAUCCUGGCCACUUCUGGAAGUCAGCAGAGUUGUAGCCGCGUGCCUGAAACAUGAUCAAUGCAAAACACAAUUCCUGGCUCUGCCUUGCAUGCCUGCUGAAAGCCUGACCUCUUCUGGACUUACAAACUAACAUCGCCUGCUCUUCCGUCUCUACCUUUCUUUGGUUCUGUGGGUGGGGGCCUGCUGUGGCGAUGCGUAAAACGAAACGCUUUGCCUUUUUUAUUCCUAUUAUGAUUUUCAGAGUGUGCGACUGGUUCUCCCUUUCUGCUCCA